CAGUUGUGCUGCUGAGUGACCGGCAGGGAAGCGCAGUACCGAGCAAGGUGGCCGCUGGGGAGAGCAAGCAGCAGUAUUAGCGGAGUUAUCCACCUGGGGGUGGUGCGGGGAGAGCCGUAGCCAUGUCCCGGGACGCAGACGCCGUGACAAAGAUCACAGAGAACACGUACAAAAAUGUGAUGGAUCAGUUCAACCCCGGGUUAAGGAAUCUUGUUAAUCUUGGAAGGAACUAUGAAAAAGCAGUGACAGCAAUGGUACAGGCGGGAAGAGCAUAUUAUGAUGGAGUAGGCAAGAUGGGCGAAUUGGCUUCUGCAUCUCCUGUAUCAAAAGAGCUAGGCCAUGUACUCAUGGAGGUUUCCAACGUUCACAAAAAGCUGAAUGACAACUUAGAAGAAAAUUUUAGAAAAUUCCACAGAGAGAUCGUUGCAGAGCUGGAGAGAAAGACUGAUCAAGAUAUAAAGUAUAUGAAUGCCACCCUUAAGAGGUACCAGACAGAGCACAAGAAUAAACUAGACUCGCUGGAGAAGUCUCAGUCAGAGCUAAAGAAACUCAGGAGAAAAAGUCAAGGAGGGAGAAAUGUCACUAAGUAUGAAAUGAAAGAAACAGAGUACUUGGAAACCAUUACGUCCAGACAGUCGGAUAUAAAUAAAUUUAUAGCGCAGGGCUGCAGGGAGGCUCUGCUAGAGGAGAAGAGACGGUUCUGUUUCUUAGUGGACAAACACUGCACCUUCUCGAAUUAUCUCAACUAUUUCCAUGUACAGGCUGUGGAUUUACUCACCUCCAAGUUGCCCAAGUGGCAGGAGACGUGUAGUGACAUCUCUCAAGUUCCCGACACGGUUGUUAAUAUUGUGCAGGACUUGAAAACCCCAGUGACCACACCCAUUUCUGCUUCCCCUGAACCCUCCCCAUUAAUGGACAAAAAGGCCCUGAUGGCUGGCGAUACCCUGUCUAGGAACACACUAAGGAUGCCUCCAGCACCCAUGACCAAAGCACACACCAGUCCCCUGGUUGACAUGUUUAACAACCCAUCAGUUGCCCAGAAAUCAACAUAUGAGAAACUAAAGACAUCACAAGGAGAAGGCCAAGAAGAAAGCAGUUUGCCUCGAUCCAUGUCGGUGGCAACAGGCUUGAAUCAAAUAAAGAAACGAAAAGUAAGAACCAUUUUCCCACACUCCGGCAAUGGCAACACGCAGCUGAGUUUUGCUCAAGGCGACAUCAUCACACUUCUUAUCCCAGAGGAAAAAGAUGGCUGGCUGUACGGAGAGCAUGAUGCAACUAAAGUGAAAGGCUGGUUCCCCUCAUCUUAUACAAGGCCUCUGGAAGAGAAUGGCAGAGAGCCAAUGAAAGUGCCAAGUGUGCCCCCAAGCCCUGCUCCAGUCCGGAGCCUCAGCUCGGCCAACUUAGUUGAAAAAAGCAGAGUUGUCCUUCCAGAACCGGAUUAUCUGGAACCCAUGUCUGAGAAAAGCAGCAGCAACAACCGAGGAUACACUUUCAGCCCUCUCAUUGCCAAAGAUCCUCCUCCGAAGGCAAACAGUGAAUCUCCUAAGCCAACUGCAAAUGGCCUGACUAACCACCCAUUUCUAAGUGGAGAAAACCCAUUUGCAACCGUCAAACUGCGACCAACCGUAACAAAUGACCGAUCUGCGCCGAUUAUUCGAUGAGCUGGACCCAUUAAUUUAAUUAACAUUAUUUUUAUAAAUAUAUAUGUAUACUGUAUAUCAUUUCUUUGAGCUUGAUGAGCUGUGUACUGUAAUUUCUGCUGUGUUCUUCCACCCAGGGAACAGCUGGACCUGUAAGCCUAUCCGCUGGCCUCAUUUACUGUCAGUGAAAAUCUGUGCCCAAACCUUGCAGUGCUGGGGUUGCCCACGGGCUUUCAUAGGAGUGAGUAACGCCUGGAUCCGUGGCAGUAGCUGCACAGAGAUUUAACCUUUCCAGAACCAUAUUGAUUGGGAACAGGUUGUUUUACAGUUAAUAGCCUCCCCAUUUAAAGGGGUUGGUACUUCUAAAGACAAGUGUUUCCAUGUUAAUGCUCCUCACCUUAAAGGGGAAGCAAUUGCUGGGUUAAAAAUGGGUUCUUCCCUCUGCACAUUGCCUUUAGAUUACAGUAAGGUACGGAAUGGGACAGUUAUUGUGUAUAUAUAAUAGUUCAUGUUACUUUUGUGAGUAGUUUUUGGAAUAAGGUAAAUAACUGAUUCUAAACCUAUUUGUGGGACACCAGGCGGAUUCCCAAAAAUAAUUUUGGUCCCAGGAGAAAAAUGUUCAGUAAUGUCAGGCCACUGCAUGUGUUAGAGCACUAGGGAGAACUUGCACCUAUUGGAUUACAGAGCACAAGGUGCAACACAGCCCUGUACUGCCAUAAGCACAGCGUAAGUACAGGGCCCUUCUUGCACCCAUUGGUGCUCCCUAACUCUGAGUGAUGUGGGAGCAAAGGGGUGUCCACCUACUGCCACCCAGCCCCUCAUGAACACAGAGCCUCAUGGGAAAGUCACAUACUGUUCUGUUUCAUUGUGGAGCUCAUAGAACCACCUGUGGGAAUUAAGGGCUGGCCAUGGUGCAAACAACAUGGCAGCGGGCACCUGUUUCCUGCCCUUUGCACUAUGCUCGACAUAGUAAAUGAGGCCUCUAGUUUCAAAGCCCAGUAGGGAUUUCUGUUGUUGCAGUAGAUGCUUCAGCCAAGCAGACAACAUGGCGGCACCGACACACAGAAAGGGUGUUCUGUUCUGAUAGUGAGCUGUAUCCUCAUGUAAUUGUUCAAGGGAAAAUAAUUGGAGGCUAAUGGCUGCUUAAAAUCUUGUCUUCGAGCCUAGUACAUUGGUUGCUUUAGCUUGUCGAAUAAAUCCUGAAUCUGUAAUUCUAUCCAGACUACAGAACUGUUCCCUUUUAGUCUGAGGUGAAGCCGGCCAUGUUGGCUCCCCUCGAUCCCUUUAGGCACCUCAAAUUUUACUUGAAACAAUGGAUCCUUUUUGUAGAUUUUAUCUUCAUUGUAGUUACAGUCAAGUGAUGGCGCACUUGGUUGCUAUGUGGCGCUAGAUUACUGGGGGCCGGAGAGAUUGUAAGGGCAGUAUAAAUAGGUAAGACCACAUCAUCCAAUUGAUGCUUCUACAUCUUAUAUCCCGCCGCCACUUCAUGGUGCAUCUGCAUUCAAGGUGCAAACACAGCAUUGGCUUCCUGCUCGAUGGCGGCUCAUUGGCUGAUUCCUGGGAGUUGCACAGAUUCACCCUCUGCUAAAUUCCAGCCUUUCCAUAAGUUCUGUUAAUUUUAAAUGAAUGUAGUUAUUGGGAAAAAAAUGUUAUUUUAAACAUUUUCUUAAUCCUGCGGCCGAACUUUAAUAUCUCUAUCCAGUGUUUCAUGGUUCCGCGCGUCGCCGGCAGCCCGCAGCCUUGUUAAGUUAUUUGAUACGUUACUUAAAUGCCUUUAUAUAAAAUGAUAACUAUAUGUAUGUAAAAGAUGAUAUAUAUUUCAUUGGUUUCAAUCAGGAAAUUCCAGAAAAAAAA